GUCCGGACCCCCCUCCCCUCUUCAAAAAAUCACAAACUCAUGGUGGAAGAAGAAUGAGAAAGCAUGCAUGUGUUUGGUCAAGGCACCAAGGGUUGCUUUCACACCAAAAGGUGUUUUGGAUUAGAUAUUCCCCCUCUCUCACACACACAUUACUCUCUCUCACACAAAAGAAAAACAGGAACCUGCUGCUAUCAAUCACGUGAAGUGGCGCUUCCUAUCCACUCACUUAACGACUAAGAAGCUACUUACUCUCUUCUCCUCCUCUUCUUCUUCACCAGAAUUCCCCAACUUUUACUCAAAAAGGUGGGAUGUAAAGGUGAAAAUGGCUCUCUGUCUCCAUUAUUAACAAGCUAGUGCUCUCUUUCUUGAACAUCAAGAGGGAAAAUGGACCUCCUUUUCUCUCACCAUCAGUAUAUAUGUCUAGAGCUCUAUGAUGACAAUUAUAGCAUGCUUGCCAGUCUUUCUCAAUGUCCAAAUUCUUAAUGUUUCAAUGAAUCUCCCUCUUUCUCUCUUUGGUCAUGCUUCUCAUAGUUGCACAAUAUAAUGCAUACCUAAAAACACUUGUUUCUUGUAGGACAUAAGUCUUUCAUUAUCAAGCUUCCAUGUAGUCUUUCAUUAUCAAGCUUCCAUAAGUCUUUCAUUAUCAAGCUUCUUUUGUUACCCUUCCCCUUACCCUAUCAAUAACUUUGCUACAUAUGGGUAUGGUUGUUUUUGUUAUAUCUGGUCUACAUUAACAUCACUAUAUGUAACUUUCUGGAGGUUGAUUAAGAAACAAUAUGUAUCCCUCUUCAAUCAACAAUGGGUGUAUGCCCCCAAGUACAUCAGUUUUUGGUAAUUGCUACAAUGAUAACAACCCUUCAAAAACCCCUCAAGAGUAUUAUAAUACUCCAUCUUCUUCUUCCUUCCUCCUGUCAUCCCCAAUUUACAUUCCUUUAGAAGAUGAAGCUGUCUUUUGUGACUUCUUCCAACAGCAACAAUUUUUCUCGAAUGAUUACAACCACCACAAUUCAAUGGUUGUACCACAUGAAGAAUGUAGUAACAACAAUGGGCAGGCUGUGACAAACGAAGGAGAUGAUGAUCAUUGUAUUUUUAAUACUCAUGUGGAACCUGAAAGUAGCAGUCCAAGGAAGAGACCUCGCAAAAGAGAUCGGCACAGCAAGAUUGACACGGCUCGAGGUCCAAGAGAUCGAAGAAUGAGGUUGUCCCUUGAUGUGGCUAAAAAGUUAUUUGGGCUGCAAGAUCUCCUUGGGUUUGAUAAGGCCAGCAAAACGGUCGAUUGGCUGCUAACUAAAUCGAAAGCUUCCAUUCUAGAACUCCUUCCUGACCGGAGCUGCAGCUUUAUGGAUGUAGCGAACUGCGCUUCUUCUACUUCAGAAUGUGAAGUUCUUUCUGGAACUGCUGAUCAUUCCCUGGUGAAGACUGGAGAUGAUCAAGCCACAACAAAAAACAAGGCACAGUCUUCUAGUGGAAGCAGUAAAAAGAAGAAAGAAAAAGUUACUAGAGUAAGAAAAUGUGUUGAUUUUCAUCACCCUCUUGCAAAAGCAACAAGGGAAAGGGCAAGGGAAAGAGCAAGGGAGAGGACAAUUGAAAAGAGAAAUAAUAAGCGUGGUGGUGGUACUCAAGAUUCAAACUUUAGAUCAUGUCUGGAUCAGGCAAUGGAUCAAGAUGUGAACCAAUAUGGAUCUUGGAGUACCAUCCAAGAAAAUCAACGUCAAAACAUCGGUCAAAUGAGCUUGGACUUCCAAGUUCACCAAGGAUUUGUUGGUGAUAAUUCUUCCUUGUUGAUGACAAGCAAUUGGACUCCAUCCUACCUUCUCAAUUACCAACAUAGUUCUGGAGUAAUACAUGAGCAUCAGUUUAAUGGCCUAGAGAUGAAUGUAAAAGCUUGGGAAGGAAACAACAAUUAGGUCAGUGUUAAUUGUUCAUGUUAUUAUUGUUUCAAUCUUCCUUCUCAUGGGUGCCAAUUGUAUGAUAAGAUUAGACCAUGGGUUGAUAUGCUAUCCCCAAUGUUUUCUGGAUGUAAUAUGUAGUCAUGCAGAUGUUCCUAAACCGAUUUAUGUUUUACAAUAAUUAAUGAAAUAAU